UUUUCCAGCCACAUCAUCACCACUCUCUUGUCUCGUCUUUGCACGUUUCACUUCUCACUCAUCUGGAUGAGGUCGUGCUCUCUUUCCGUCAGGGGUUUUUGAGGGAUACACGUCAAAUACUGAGUCCUCGAUGAUCAGCAUAGUAUUUUUAUAGUCGCCCAGGGAGCAAGUGUUUUUAAAAGGAUUCGACCCGAAGUUAUAACCAAAAUAUUCACGUUGACUCGGAAUAUCCGUUUCAGAGAUGAGUGCUCCGAGGACCCGUUACGAAGCCAAAGUCCAAGAAGUGAUAUCUGGAGAUACGCUUCGGCUUCUCAGGCGAGAAAAAGGUGAAGGGAAACUGAUACUUUCAGGUCUGAAGGUACCCAAGAUUUUGAAGAAGAGCCAGAAGAUACAGAGCGAGGAAGAGCCUUUUGCCUGGGAAGCAAGGGAAUUCCUGAGGAAAAGACUUCUCAAGCAACUCGUCACUUACGAGGUCGAGACCAAUGCCAAUUUGGUCUCUACGACCGACAGAGAAUAUGGGACCGUCUUCCAUGGGAAUGUCAACAUAAAUGAAUUAUUGCUUAAAGAAGGACUUGCAGAUUGCAAAUCAGAAACUGGUGAAAAAGCUAAGCUGGUCGAAGAAGCGAAGAAGGCUGGAAAGGGAAAAUGGGGAGAUCUUAGUAAAAACAAUGGCAAAAGGUCUGUCAGAUUCCUGGAAACGUCUGAAUUGCUUGAAUUUGUAAACCAGUGCGAGAAAAAGCCUAUAAAAGCCAUAAUCGAAAGGGUGAUUGACGGUUCGACUGUGGAAGCAUGUCUUCUUCUCCCUGAGCAUACUUAUGUGACUCUCAUGAUUUCUGGAAUUAGAUGUCCACAAAUCAAACGGACUGAAGGUGAAGAGGGCCCCGUAAGGGGUUCCGGUCUCGCUGAAGAGGCCAGGAAGUUCACGGAAAUGCGACUUUUACAGCAAGAAGUGGAGAUUGUACUCGAAUCCACUAAUUCUUACAUGGUUGUUGGAUCUGUGAUUCAUCCGUUGGGCAACAUCGCAGAAAGAUUGGUUGAAGAAGGCUAUGCUCAUUGUGUCGACUGGUCGCUCGAAACUAUGAACAAAGCCGAUGCUGACAAACUCGUCAAUGCUGAAAAGGUUGCCAAGGAGAAGAAGCUGAACAUUUGGAAAGAUCAUUCUCCGCCAAAAGUCGAUGACAAACAUUUUACAGGAACUGUCGUUGAAAUUGUCAAUGGUGAUGCUUUAAUGGUCAAAAUGCCUAAUGGUGUUGUUAGGAAAAUUUUCUUGGCUGGUAUCAGGCCACCUAAAGAACAGCCUGGUGCUAACAAAGAAGCUCCUCCUAAAACUGACGGCCAAAGGCAAAGGCCUAAAAGACCACUUUAUGACAUCCCGUGGAUGUUCGACGCUAGGGAAUUCCUCAGGAAGAAACUCAUCGGGAAAAAAGUCAAUGUGACUCACAACUACACUCAACCUGCACGUGAUAACUUCCCUGAAAAACAUUGUUGCAAUGUCACAAUCAACAAUGUAAAUGUCGCUGAAGCUCUAGUGAGUAAAGGACUGGCUCACGUUUUCAACUACAGGGCUGAAAAUGACAACAGGCCUUCUGCUAUAAACAGCCUGAAAGCUGCGGAAGAGAAGGCAAAGAAAGGAAACAAAGGCGUCCACUCGAAAAAAGAAUUCCCUGUUCAUAGAGUGAACGACAUUUGCAGUGACCCUGUUAAAUCUAAAAAUCUUCUUCCUCAUUUUUCAAGACAUCAGAGGAUUGAAGCUGUUGUCGAAUUUGUAGCAAGUGGAUCAAGGCUGCGCCUAUAUCUCCCAAAGGACACUCACUUAAUCACAUUUUUGUUAUCUGGGAUUGAAGUCAGAUAUUCGAAUGGCGACGCUGUCAACAACGAAGAAGCUGCUACUGCAUUUACUCGAGAAAAGUGUAUGCAAAGGGAUGUUGAAAUCCAAAUUGAAAGCACUGACAGAAAUGGCAAUUUCAUUGGGUGGUUGUGGGUUGACAAUGUCAAUUUGUCUGUUGCUCUUGUUGAAGCCGGUUUGGCCAAAAUUCACUUUUCAGGAGAAAACUCAAAAUACUCUAAAGAACUGCAAAAUGCGAAAAGCUAUGCAAUCAGUAAAGGGUUAUGGAAAUACGCUGAGAAAGAAGACUCCCAUGUGGUUGUAGAAGAAGAUAAGACUGCCGAAAGAGUUGUUGAUUAUAAAGACGUCGUUGUCGUCGAGGUGUCUGAUUUGUCCUUUUAUUGUCAGUAUUGCUCUCAGGAAUCAAAACUUACAAUGCUCCAGACCAAGUUGCAGCAAGAGAUGGCUGCUAAUCCACCUCUUCCCGGGGCGUACACGCCAAGAAAAGGCGAUUUGUGCGCUGCGAAGUAUCCGGUCGAUGAUGGAUGGUACAGAGCCAAAGUUGAGAAAGUCUCUGGGAACAAGGUGACAGUUUUGUAUAUCGACUAUGGUAACAAGGCUGAAAUCCAGAGCGUCCAAUGUGCUUCAAUACCGACAUCGUUUACUGAAAAACCUUUUGCACAUCUCUUUACGUUGGCUUUUGUGAGCAUGCCAAAAGAUAUUGAGGAUCAGAAGAUUGCAACGAGGCGCUUCUUUGAAGAUGUAUGCGACAGAAAAUUGCAGUUGAAUGUUGAAUACAACGAAAAGAACGUUUCUUAUGCAACUUUAUACGAUGCUGAGAGGGAAGAGGACAUUGGCAAAGCUCUUGUUGAAGAAGGCUUUAUUUUGGUGUCUAAACGUCGGGAGAGAAGGCUAGAAAAAAUUAUGAAAGAGUAUCAAGAGGCUGAGAGUCGAGCCAAAAAGGAAAGAUUAAAUUUGUGGGUCUACGGUGAUGUUACUGAAGAUGAUGACAAAGAAUUUGGUAUGGGGCGCUGAAUGUAACAUCAUUAUUAACACCACGUUCCUGAAGGCAACCCAACUAGCUCCUCACCAACCUCUACCGGCUGUUGCACUAUUUUGACUCAUCAUCGAACAAUUAACAAUGAUAUAUACCGAUAUACAAAGAGAACAAAUAAUAAUAAACUAUGUGGAAAAAGACAAAAUUACGCAGGACGUAGUAUUUCUGGAAAAUACUAAGAAUAUAAACAGGGAUACGAGUAUACUGAAACUUGCAACCUUUGGAGAUUAAACAGAUACUUUUGGUGAACCGGAAGUGUUCAGAUGCUGUAAAAAACAAACCAAAAAGAUACUGCCUUUUAUAAAAUUACAUCAAAACGGGGAAUAACAACACACCAACGGUUAAAGAAAAUUUAAUAUUUAAAAAUAUUAAUAUGUAAUAGAGAAAUACAAAACUGUAUUAUGUAAGAGAUGGGAUUAACAAACUUCCAUGUUAUUCUUUUAAUUAAUAGUUUAAAAUGAAAUGAUGAGUAAAAUAUUCACUGAGACUGAAAUAUUAUAGUUACAAUUUGUUGUUUUUUGUUUAAUUUUUUUUUUUAAUACAGAAUUUGUGCUGAUGAUAAAAAGAGUGUUCCAUGUAGUGCUUUUAAAACUCACUACUUUGACAUAAUUUUCUUUUUUGUUGGAUAUCUGGAGUGUGGUUGUACUGAAAGAAUAAAAGUUGUUAAAAAUA